AUGGAUUUCCAGCCCAGCAUCCUGCGGGAUGGCAGCCCCAUGGAGAGCCUGGAGAAGCAGCUGCUCUGCCCCAUCUGCCUGGAGACGUUCAGCAAGCCCGUGGUGAUCCUGCCCUGCCAGCACAACCUCUGCCGCAAGUGCGCCAACGACGUCUUCCAGGCUGCCAACCCCUGCUGGCAGAGCCGGGGCAGCAUCAUCCCAGGGGGCCGGUUCCGGUGCCCCUCGUGCCGCCAUGAGGUGCUGCUGGACCGCCACGGCGUCUACGGGCUGCAGAGGAACCUGCUGGUGGAGAACAUCAUUGACAUCUACAAGCAGGAGUGCUCCAGCAGGCCACUGAAGAAGGGGGAGCACCCCAUGUGCAAGGAGCACGAGGACGAGCGGAUCAACAUCUACUGCGUCACCUGCGAGGUCCCCACCUGCUCCAUGUGCAAGGUCUUCGGUGCCCACAAGGACUGCGAAGUCGCCCCUCUGCAGAGCGUCUUCCAGGGCCAGAAGAGCGAGCUGAACAACUGCAUCUCCAUGCUGGUGGCGGGGAACGACCGGAUCCAGACCAUCAUCUCCCAGCUGGAGGACUCCUGCCGCAGCACCGAGGAGAACAGCGAGGCAGCCAAGCGGGAGCUGUGCGCGCGCUUCGACGCCUUCGUGGCGCUGCUGGAGGAGAAGAAGACGGAGCUGCUGGGGCGCAUCGCCCGCGAGCAGGAGGACAAGACGGGCUUCGUGCAGGGCCUCAUCCACAAGUACAAGGAGCAGCUGGAGAAGUCCAGCCGGCUGGUGGAGACAGCCAUCCAGGCCAUGGAGGAGAACGGGGAGGCCACCUUCCUCAUGAACGCCAAGCAGCUCAUUAAAACGAUCGUGGAGGCCUCGAAGGGUGGCAGGCUGGAGAAGAUCGAGCAAGGCUACGAGAGCAUGGACUCCUUCUCGGUGAGCCUGGACCACCUCGCCGACGCCGUCCGCGCCUUGGACUUUGAAGCAGAUGAGGAGGAUGAGGAGUUCUAUGAGGAGGUGGAGGAAGAGACAGAAGGGGACUCAGCGCCCGGGAGGAUGGUGACGGGUAAGGAGCCCCCGCCACGAGCACCCCCACACAAUGGGGGGAACAGGAAGGAUUUACUGGGGCUUCACCCGUCAGCUGUUCUGCAGCUGGAUUUAAACCGGAGGGGCCCCGAGGGCUUCCCGUAG